UUUUCACUAUCUCUCAGUAGUUGUGCAGACAUCGACAUAGCCACCAUGAUGCUCUCUGUGCUGCUGCUGCUGCUGCUGGUCAGCGGUUCACAAGGUUCACAUUUUCUAGGUACUAUGAUGACCUACUAUCCAAAGGAAACUAAUGCAGACGGAUCAGUCUCAGUGAUUCUGCGCUAUAAGGUGAAUUUCGACUCAUGCUCAUACAAUGACCAGUGGGUCUGUGGUGGCAACUGUGGAAAUGAGACUCAGACGCUUGCAUUAACCAAAGUGGAGGAAGUAACCGGUGAAUGGUGUCAGAGUGAAGGAAUCAUAACUCGUCUGCUUCCCAACAACACUGGAUUUGAGACUGUGCUGGCUGGUGGAGGUUGGAUAAAUAACAUACAAAAUGGUGUUUCAUCUUGGAGAGCUGUUACUGACGUUGAACUGAGGAACCGGUCUGACAUCGGAAAACCCAACACAUCACCACAGACCACCAUCCUCCCAGCUCUGAGAGUUCCUUCAAACUGUCCGAGAAAUAUUGACCUGCUGGCCUUCGACCCAGAUGGAGAUACUGUUAAAUGCAGAUAUGGAAACACCUCAGAUUCAGAGUGUAACCCCUGCACACCGCCGUCCGUCCUCAGCCUCUCACCUUCUUGCUCUCUGUCAUUUAGCCCAACCAACAGCAGUACUGAGCUUCCAUACGCGGUCCAGUUGGUGAUGGAGGAUUUUCCCACACAGAGCAUCACUUUGACUCAAACUAAUGGUUUGCAGGAGGUCAAAACUACCAUUGACGCCAUCAGCAAGAUACCUUUACAGUUCGUUUUGAAAGUGGGCCUUCCAGUACCAUCCUGCACAGAUGGUCUCUAUCUGCCCAGAUUCCUGUCGCCAACUCCGGACAACAGAGCUCAGCUCUACAUCCCCGUCAAUCAGGCUCUGGAAAUCCCCAUCAGAGCAGAGGCGACCGCGUCUCAGUCAACCGAGCUCCUGUACAGUGGGCCGUACAAUGUGGUGAAGACUUCAUGGGGAUCAGGAAACUUCUCUCUGACGUGGAGGCCAUCUGUGACUGAAGCCGGACAGAGCCACCCCAUCUGUUUUGUCGCCCAAGCAAAUGUCUCCGGUACUUUCUAUCACUCUGACCUCAGAUGUGUUAUUGUGACGGUUGGAAACACAACUUUUAUUGAAGAUGCAAGUACAGCAGGCCCCCUCCUUACAACUACAACCCCAAUGACUCUACCAGCCACCCCACCUCUAGUUACAACCGUAGGGACUGUACCAGCCACCCCACCUCCAGUUACAACCCUAGGGACUGUACCAGCCACCCCACCUCCAGUUACAUCUCCAAUGAUUGCAGCAACAACACCUGCUUCAGGACCACAAUAUGUUAUAGCUCUGAAUAUGAAGAUCUCUACCACGCUUUCAUUGGAGAAUGAUUCUGAUACCAUCAUAACUCUGAUUAAAAACAAACUGAUUGAAAAAGGGCUGCCUUCAACCAUAACUGUUCGCCUCCUGAGUAGCAGUCAAGUGGUUGUUACAACAGCAAGGCCCUAGAGGAGCAUCGUGAAGAAGUGACUGAUCCUUGCAUGGAAAUCUGUUCCAAGAAAACAUUACUACCCAUAUUCUAUUUUAUUUUUAUUUUUAUUUCAAUCCAUCUAUCUAUUCAUUGUCUAUACUAGCAUGUCCAUGCAGGGUUGCUGGGGAUCUGGAAUCUAUCUCCAGCAGUCAUUGGGUGAAAGAUGGAGUACACCCCAGAUAGGUCCCCAGUCCAUCAGAGAGCAACACAGUAACACACAGGACAGACAACCAUGCACACACACUCUCUCAGACCAAUUAACCUAAUGGUUGUGUCUUUGGACUGUGGGAGGAAGCCGGAGUACACAGAAAGA